AAACGAGUGUGCUCUGGAUCCUGAUAUCUGCCAGAACGGAGUGUGUGAGAACAUGCUGAGAACGUACAAGUGCAACUGCAACGAAGGCUUCGAGGUGGACAUCAGCGGGAAAACCUGCGUGGAUGUGGACGAGUGCAUGAUGAACCGACAGCUGUGUGAGAACGGCCUGUGCAGAAACACACCCGGCAGCUUCACCUGCCACUGCCCCACAGGAUACACCUUCCAGCCCGAGACUGAGGUGUGUGAAGACAUCGACGAGUGUUUGACCAGCCCGUGUGUGAACGGCGAGUGUAAGAACAGCGCGGGCUCGUUCGUGUGUCUCUGCUCUACAGGAAGCACACUGGACUCUUCAGGAACUCUGUGUGUUGGUGAGUGAGUGAGUGAGCGCAUC